GCUGAAGGAGGGUAGGUUUAGAUUAGAUAUUUGGAAGAACUUCUUCACUGUGAGGGUGGUGAGGCAGUGGAACAGGUUGCCCAGAGAAGCUGUGGAUGCCCCAUCCCUGGAAGUGUUGAAGGCCAUGCUGGAUGGGGCUUUGGGCAACCUGGUCUAGUGGAGGGUGUCCCUGCCUAUGGCAGGGGGCUUGGAACUAGAUGAUCUUUGAGGUCCCUUCCAACCCAAACCAUUCUGUGAUUCCUUUGGGACAAAGUCAUGCAUUUUUGACAAAGGUUUGCUGAGCACUCUUUUCCCGAGCACUGUGAGAUCAGCGUGCUGUAGACCACCUCCAGCUCUCAGUUUCCAAAGCUGCUCUUUUAGUUAGGUUUGGAAGAAAAAACAUAAAUAGUUUAAAUAAAUUGUUUCUGCUCUGGUUUCAGUGAGCUGCAAGACAAAGUGGGGAGAAAGGUAGAUAGCAAUCAAGCCGGUCUCCCUGCCUCUUUGUUUUUCACAGAAAAGCCUUUAGUCUACCAGGCUGAGGCCUGCUGUGCUUUUGCCAGCACCUGGCUUGAUUUCAAGUCUUCCUACCUAUGCAACUGAAUAUUGGCAGUGUUUCAGACUGUUCUCACUUUCAUCCUGGAGCUGUCUGGGAUUCCAGCCAGGCGGCAGGAGGGAGCUGCAACCUGUGCGCCAGCCUGCCUCCUGCACCUGAGACCUGUGGGAAGAGCUGGGGGAGCGACCACUCCUCCCUUUUCUACCCACCCUUGUUUCCCUUGAGAGCUAAUACUGCUCAUGUGUAUGAGAAAGAUGAGAGAGAGCUUUCAUGGACCAAAACAGUCCUGCAUCUUCCAUCAUUUCCUCUUCCUUCCUCCUUUCUCUCUAGUGAACACGAAGGAUGCUUCCUCUUGUGUCGGUGGAGAAAAAAAGUCCUGGAGCUGCGGGAAGAAGAGACUUGAUAAAGGGACUCUAAGACAGGAUGCGAAGAACUGAUUUCUGGACAAAGCAUGAGUGGAAAUGACUUACAGGAGAAAAUGAGUGCGUCCUCAUUGUGCUUGUGGAUGACACUGAACUGGGGUGGGUACACCUGACACUAGUGGGCAAGGCAGUCACCCACAGGGACCUGGACAGGCCAGAGGGAUGGGCCAGCAGGAACCUCAUGAAAUUCCGCAAGAACAAGUACAAAGUUCUACCCCUUGGAUGGACCAGCCCCGGGGAAGGCACAGGCUGGGGACUGCUCUGCAGGAUCUGGCAAAUCCAUCUGUGCUGCCAAUUUCAUAUCUUGAUGCCCAUCUGCCUGAAGUUGCAGUGGUUGCUGCGAGGCUGGCACUUUUUCAGACUCAACAGCUGACUCAGUGCCUCUUCCCUCAGUCCCUCCUGUAAGGCAUGAAAGAUACAGAAGAGAUUGCUGCCUGGAUUUUCCACAGCAACAAGCUACGUUCUUGAGAUGUUUCACUCUGCUUUGAAGAGGAUUCCAGCCUUGUAACCCACAGUACUCGGCUUUCCGAGAAAAGUCCAGUCUACUGUGCCAUCACCUUCACCAAAGAACAUGGAGAAAUUGAUAUCGGAAAGGCCUGUUUCUGUGUCUAAGGGUGAAAUGCCUACAAUUUCUUCCCAAGAGAAGCCAGAUACCAACUCGUGCCCUCAUGCACCUGGCAAAUAUUUUCUCCCUGGUGGGAUGGACAAUGAGAACUGCAAGGCUACUGAGAAGGAAAUGGACUGGAUCCGCCCUGAUAUACCUAGCAAAUGCACGUGGAAGCUUGGGAAACCCAUCUCUGCCUCCCCCCAUCGUCAUAGCACUCUGCCAGAGCCUCUGAAAAUCCUGCCAAGUAUCCUGAAUAAAGUUGGCAAUACACCCUUGGUGCGAAUCAACAAGAUUGGGAAGCAGUAUGGGCUCAAGUGUGAACUCUUGGCAAAAUGUGAGUUUUUCAAUGCUGGGGGCAGCGUGAAGGACCGCAUCAGCCUGAGGAUGGUAGAGGAUGCUGAAAAAGCUGGGAUCUUGAAGCCUGGGGACACUAUUAUAGAGCCAACCUCUGGAAACACAGGAAUUGGGCUGGCCUUGGCUGCAGCAGUGAAGGGUUACCGCUGUAUCAUUGUGAUGCCAGAGAAAAUGAGCAUGGAGAAGGUGGAUGUCCUGAGAGCUCUGGGUGCUGAGAUUGUGAGGACCCCAACUACUGCCAGAUUUGAUUCUCCUGAAUCUCACGUGGGAGUAGCAUGGAGACUGAAAAAUGAAAUCCCCAAUGCACAUAUACUAGACCAGUAUCGUAAUGCUAGCAACCCCCUGACGCACUAUGACACCACAGCUGAAGAAAUCCUGCAGCAGUGUGAAGGAAAAAUAGACAUGCUGGUGGCUACGGCUGGCACAGGAGGUACUAUCACUGGCAUCUCCAGAAAGCUAAAGGAGAAGUGUCCAGGUUGCAAAAUUAUAGGUGUUGAUCCUGAAGGCUCCAUCCUUGCUACACCAGAAGAACUCAACAAGACUGACAAGACAAUGUAUGAAGUGGAAGGAAUUGGAUAUGAUUUUGUCCCCACAGUGUUGGAUAGAUCUACAGUGGACCAGUGGUACAAGAGCAAUGAUGAAGAAUCAUUUGCUUUAGCACGCAUGCUGAUCCGAGAGGAAGGACUGCUGUGUGGUGGCAGCUCAGGCAGUGCCAUGUCUGCAGCUGUGAAGGCAGCCAAAGAGCUGAAGGAAGGUCAGCGCUGUGUUGUUAUCCUCCCUGACUCUAUCAGGAACUACAUGUCCAAGUUCUUGAGUGACAAAUGGAUGAUUCAGAAAGGGUUCAUGAAAGAAGAAGACCUUGUCAAAAAACCUUGGUGGUGGAACAUCAGUGUUCAGGAACUAAGCCUCUCUGCUCCCCUGACUGUGCUUCCAACUGUUACCUGUGCAAAGACUGUUGAAAUUCUCCGGGAGAAGGGAUUCGACCAGGUACCAGUUGUUGAUGAAUCUGGGGUGAUUUUAGGCAUGGUUACCCUGGGUAACAUGCUUUCUUCACUGCUUGCUGGAAAAGUUCAGCCUUCUGAUGAAGUCAGCAAAGUAAUCUACAAGCAAUUUAAACAGACAGAUAAUCAAGCAUCAGGUGGAAAUGUGAUUAACCUGAAAGACAACUUGGGGAAACUCUCUCAUAUCCUGGAAAUAGACCACUUUGCUCUAGUGGUUCAUGAACAAAUUCAGUAUAACAGUGAUGGUUCCUCCAGUAAGCGGCAAAUGGUGUUUGGCAUUGUUACAGCCAUCGAUCUGCUUAACUUUGUGACGGCGCGAGAACGGGAAAGAAAGUCCAACUAAAGUCAAGUAGCAAUGUGGAGCCUCUUCAACAAUAUUUUGCAAUCUACAACAAAGAAUCAGGUUUAUUUCUUAGGUAGAAUGGUCUGUCCUUAGGGUGUUGGUUUUGUUUGGGUUUUUUGGUUGGUUUUUUUUUUAAUUCUGAAAAUAAGCAGUUACCUAUUCUGGUGUCAGCUAUACAGCCUGUGCAUUUUGCUGUAUUGCACAGCUUCUGGCGACCUGUUUCUUAAUCAGGUUACAUGAUAUUUCUUAUCAAGACAGUUUAUUUUUUUUACCUAUAUAUAUGUAAAAAUAUUGCCUAAAUUAACUGGUAUGUUUCUUACUUGUUGUGUCUAAAGUCUGACUUUCCAAAACAUUGUUUCAGAUUCAUAGAAUGUGUUGAAAUAAAGAGUUACUGAAGCAGAGGCCCAAGAGAGCUCUGGAAAGUUUUGGAUUUUUUUUUUUUUUUGUGCAAGGUUAAGUUAGGUAAUACCUGUGUGGAGACAAAAAUGAGACUGAUGUGGAGAGAAGAAAGGGGGCUUCCCUUUUGGUCACAUCAGUAUAAACGAGGAGGAAAUCUUGAGGGCUGGAGUUGAAGCUUGUUUCAACCAGCUGCUCUGAGGAAAAACUGACUUACGUGAAAGCCUGACGGUGAAGUGACAAACAUAAACUGGUGACUCUGUUCUACACAGUGCACUGGCUUUCACUGCGAAGACAGACCUUGGUGGUUUUUUUUCCCAAUUGUACCCUGAGAAGUAAGCACAAGUGAAAAGAUUAAAAGGUAAGAUUAAGCUUCUUGCCUGAAGAUUUGUUGGUUGGUUUGUUUUGUUUUUUUUUUUAAAUCAUGCUGUUUCAUCUAGUACCUUCCCCUUACCUCCCCACCCUCUUAUUUAUCUUAAAGUGCUUCUUUUUAUGCCUGUUUUAGAAGAGCCAAAGGUAAUCUGUCAAGAGCUGUAAACUCUUCCAAGUGCUCCCACACUGUAGUGCCUUACUCCAGGUGAAAAACUUUACUGCUAAUUGAAUUCACUGUAACUAAGCUUGGAAGGAACUGGCAAAGGCGGUGUGGACUGGUACUGCCAGGAGUACACCAGAGUAAUGUGCGCUUGGUGUGUGCAGCUACAAUUUUUCACCACUUCUGUAACUGGAUUCUUUAGUAACGUUUGACUUGCGUAGCCAUGGCACAGUGUGGCACUAGCAGCCCCAUCUGUACACUGCUGUGCUCUUAGUGGUAAUGAUGAAUGGAAUCACCCUGUGGUUACAGGAGAAAAGUAGCUGUUCUUCAUCUUCACAGAGGCUGCUCUACUCAACUUCUGACUGGCCUUUUGCCAAGAAUAAAGUUUUUGAUUAGCAAGAGUGACAGUUUUCUUAGCUUGUCUCUCUUUCCACUGAGGUAUAGAAAUACUAUUUAGGCUGGGGCUAUUACUAGUAGGAUAGCAAAAUAGUGUGUUUGGGUUUUUUGUUUGUUUUUUUUUUUUUUUUUUAAAUAAAGCUGAAGGGAGUUGUGAGUCAGCUAAGAGAAAACAAAGGGGUUAUUUAAAAAUCAAAGUUAGUACGUCCUGUAUAUAGAUUUCUUCCUACCUUGCUGGCCUCCCUGUAGCAGUGGAAUUUGCUGUACAUUUUGGAAGUGCGUGCUCAGAGGAGAGAGGUGGUGGUAGCCGCCCUGCCCCAUGUGAGCGCUGAGCAAACGCCAAGCAGAGCUUUUGCAGUUGUGCCUUGGGCAAUGCUGGCCUGGAGCAGGGACGUGGCCAAAGGGAGACAAGAGCUCAAAGCCAAAGAAGUGACACCAGUGAUAGCGUCUGCCUGUCAGCAGUGUGACAACGUGGUUUCUUUUCUAGCUGCUUCCCUCUCACCUUAAAUUUGUGAAUGUUAAGAACUUUGUUGUAAUGAUAAAAAACCUCAGAAUGAUUUCUGAUAACUCUUUAAUGCCAUGCUGGUGAAUGCUAGGUUUAUUCUGCCCUUGUCCAGUUUAUUUCCUUAGACAUCGGCUGUCCCUUCAGAUUAGGGCUUAUGACUGAGGUAACGUUGAACCAUGCUUACCUUAAACUACGGUUUAACCAUUAAAUUCAUAUACUUCCCUAAGAUUUAAGACAACUUUUCCCAAGGCUCUGGAAUAAACUGCUAUAAAGUCUAAAAAUGUGCAACUUCAAUAAUAAUUGGUUCUAAAGGAUAGUUGAUUUUUUAAUUUUUUUUUUACCCUUAUGCUGUGCAGUGAUUUCUUUCUCACUGUUCCCCCUUGCUGUAGUAGCAACCCCAGCUUGGGUGCUCUGACUAGUGGCAAGAUGAACUAGUGUAUCAGAUGUGUGUACCUGUGUGUUGAAGACACUGUUUUCAAAUCUGUAUUAGCUUUACUAGGUAGAACAGCUCUGUCUUACCUCUGUUGCUGCUUGGCAGAGCCUAAUAACUCAUCUUUCAAACUGUAUUUUUGAGCUGCCUCCCAAGGGGUCAUAAAUAACAGCACAUUUAAGGGCAUGGCUUUUGAUCUUAGCACUUUUAACAUCCUUGUUGUUUCUUAGCGUAGAGAGAGUCUGUGAAUGGUCAGUUGUACCCCUUGAGACAUUAGUAUUUCAGCCAAGUUUCUCAAGUCCUUUCCCAAUUAUUUCAAAUACUGUUGUCAGAUAUAUUUUCAUAUCCUUAUGUUACAGGGAAGGCUGAGAGAGACUUAUUUCUUUGAUUACUUAUGUUUUCACUGCAUCGUUUGAUUCCCACACUUGUAAAAACCUGUGUAUUUUACGAGGUGCUAUGAACUGAAGUGUUUGCUGCUAUCAUAGCCAUCACUGCUGCUAAAUGUUGGCAUUACUGUUGCUCUUGAAAAUUUACUUUACUUGCUUUUAUCUAAUUUUUUCCCCAUUUUCCAUCUGAUCUUCACUGACAGCAGCAGGGAGGGGGUUGCUUAAGUAGUUGGUUUUUUUUUCUCCCUUUUGUUUUUGUGCUUGUAAAAGCUCCAUGUACCAGCCUAACUGAAUUCAGCAAGAAAUAUGAGGAGGAUAGAGGGAAGUUCCCAAAGUUGCUUUUCAGAACAGCAAUACAAGAGAGAAGUUAGAGUUGGGGCAGCAGAAGAUUAAUGGGUAUCUUUACCUGUGACACAGAGAAAAGUGUAAAGCUUUUAAUUUGGGGUUUGUUGCUUUUUUUUUAUUUACUGUUCAUUAAUCUCUGUAACAUCAUGAAAACAGGUAGUAUUGCUGACUAAGAAAGAAGGAGUCGUUAGUGCUCAUAGGCAAGAGGGGAUGUGAGUCUAAAGCAAUCCAAGUAAGCCAAAGUAUCCAAAGAAAUCCACCUGUGCCGCUCUGCCUGUGCAGUUUAAGAGUAGGAGCCAUCUCCUGUUGUACAUUGACACAAGGAGGAACAGGUGGCCACCAGCCACUCUUAUUCACAGUAGCAACCAUGUUUGACCAGAGGAACUGGGUAAAUAAAUGGAGUUGCUGAAUGAGUGAAAAACUUUCCAGAGCUCUUUCCCAUAGCAGGGAUGAAGGCAGCAAAGAGAAGGGCACGGGGAAUCUUGCAGGGUUGAGGUUCCUCUGAUGCAAAAGCUUAUGAGCCUGAUGCUUUUUUACAUGUGAGAGAAUGUUGUUACGAGCCUGGUCCUGGUUAGUAGUGGUAGGGCUGAAUUAAUGCUGGCCCGUUCUGUUUGUUUCAAAUACUGUGAGGACCAAGAAAGACAUUGCAGUUUGUUUGGUCUUUUAACUUGAAGUUCAAGUCCAGAGCUUGAAGAGAACUCUAUUUUUCCUGAAGUGGGUGCCUGCAUCUUCUGUUUACCUGUGCUGGUUAUGCAAGUGCUGACUAAGCCUGAAAACUAUUUUGCACGUGGAUAUUUAUAUCAACAACUUCUGCUGUAUUUGUUUGUCACUGUAAGAGAAUAUCAGUCCUUUUGGUUUAGUGUUGGGUCUGCAAAAAUACUUUUAUUUUCUCACCUGAAGACAAUUAUCCAGUAAAAUCUGUAUAAUAUUUUGCCAGCAAUUAUCAGACAAUGACUUGGAGAUUAUUUUGAAGUCAUCGUGCCCAAUGUUAUUUCCCACUUCUUGCACAAGCUGUGGCUGACUCCAGAACUCUGUCUAGCUGAGGUUCCUCUAAGCAGCCAGACCAGUCUCACCUGCCCACCAACCUCAUCGCUAAAUGGUUUCUGAAAACUUCUGCUUGCUGUUAAGAAUUUCACACAACGUGCUCACUGCCAGGAGCUACCUAGCAUUGCCACUGUCAUCCAACAGCCGUUCUUACUGUGUAGUGUCAACAUGCUACCACAACAAAGGGAAGGCUUCUUAUGCUUUAAGGAGCCGGGAAAAAUCAAUACUAUGCGCUGUAUUUAUUGCACAAAUGUUCACAAAUAUGCAGUAUAAAGAGCUCAAUAAAAGCUGUUUGAUUGCA